AUUCCUUUCUUACCAAGCAUGACCAAACCCUAGAUCUGUCUGCCUUUGCCUCUUCAAAGUGUUUUUGUCUUAAAAAAAAGAGACCCACAUCAGAAAUUGAAGCAGAAAUGAGUGGCAGCACAACUGUGGCGGUUGCAGGCGGUGGCGGUGGAAUAACUGGUUUCCGGCCACCGUUUACUCCGGUGCAAUGGCAAGAACUUGAACAUCAAGCUUUGAUAUACAAAUAUUUAGUUGCAGGAGUCCCUGUUCCUUAUGAUCUUGUUGUUCCUAUUAGAAGAAGUCUUGAAGCUUUGUCUGCUAGGUUCUUUAGUAAUCCUACUUCAUUGGGCUAUUGUUCAUAUUAUGGGAAGAAGUUUGACCCCGAGCCAGGGAGGUGUAGGAGGACAGAUGGGAAAAAAUGGAGAUGUGCCAAAGAUGCCUAUCCUGACUCUAAAUACUGUGAGCGCCACAUGCACCGUGGCAGAAACCGUUCAAGAAAGCCUGUGGAAUCUCAAUCUGCUUCUCAGUCAUUAUCAACUGCAGUGUCACAUGUUACUACUGUAUGCAGCACUGGUGGUAAUAGAAGCUACCAAAGUAUUGGUAGUGGAAACCUCCAGAACUCACAUUUAUAUCCCAGUUCUAAUUCGGGGAGUUUUGAUUUUGGGAGCAAUGUAUCAAAGGUGCAGGUGAAUGCUAGUCCGUAUGGGAUCAACAACAAUACUUUUAGGUACGAUCAAGGACUAACUGUUGAUGUGGAUGAUAGAAAUUACUCUUCUGGAGCUUCAAGUGGACGGGGUCUCGCCAUGGAAUCAAAUGCCGACAGUACAUGGCGUCUGGUCCCAACUCCACUAUCCACGAGCUCCUUAAUGGAAUCAAGAAACGACUCUUAUAUACAAAGCAAAUCACCACAACUGACCAUGGUUAAUGCAUUUGAACCCCUGAUUGAUACAACAGGGUCAAAGCCUAGUCAACAACAUUGCUUAUUUGGUAGCAAGAUUGAGUCUCCAGUUGAAGUGAAACAUGAGCAACAUAUGAUGCGCCCAUUCUUUGAUGAGUGGCCAGAAGCAAGGGAACCAUGGUCCAGUCUUGAUACUGAUGGCAAGAAUUCAUUCUCCACAACUCAGCUGUCCAUGUCCACGACUUCUGAAUAUUCUACACGAAGUGACUGCACCCCAAAUGAUGCUUAAGAAUGGCUGCUAUCAUGAUGCAAGCUUGUGCCAGAGAUGAUAUGUGUAUUUGAUUAUGUAGUAUGAUCUUGGAUUACAUCAGGUUAAUGUAAGUUUUGGAUCAUGUUGACUUUUGUUGUCUUUGGGUCAACACAAUUGUAGCCAAACUUGUUGCUUCAUCCAACAUAAGCUUGUUUAAGCAACUUUUUAUGGAAUAAAUGUUGGCCAAUUUCAAGUUGCACAUUGUUUCACUUUAAAUAAAAUUCUUAUUGUUUGAACACAAA